CGGAAGCUUAUUUGGGACAAGUCCGGCUUCAGCCGGGAAUAGUGCCCCACGUAUUCCUCUCCCCGCGGGGGAGGGUGUGUGUGUGCCGGUCUGUGCGGCAGCUCGACUGAUUUCCCUGCAAACAGUUUUAAUUAUUUAAUAUUUAAUAUGUUUCCACUAACUGAGGAAAACAAGCGUGUGGCCCAGUUGUUGCUUAGUACUGGUACCUGUCCAAGAUGCAUCUUCAGAUUCUGUGGUGUGGAUGUUCAUGCACCAUACAAACUUCCCUACAAGGAGUUGCUCAAUGAACUACAAAGAUUUCUGGAAACUGAAAAUGACGAAUUAGCUUCGGAAGUUCCAAACCCACCCCCCAAGAAAAUUCGACUGCAAGAACUUGAAGAUGGAAUUGAUGGGAUGGAUAAUCUGGGUCAAAAUGGAGAGGGAAAGCUCUCAGUUAUUGAAGAUGGAAGCAUGGCUUCCAAGAACUCAAAUUUAAAUGUAUGCAAUGUGUGCCUAGGAAUUCUUCAAGAUUUCUGUGAAAAAGCAUUCAUUAAAAAGGUGUGCCAAAAGGUUGAGGCCUCUGGGUUUGAAUUCACCAACUUGGUAUUUUCAGUCUCCUUCCCACCACAACUAUCUGUAAGAGAGCAUGCUGCAUGGUUGCUGGUAAAACAGGAAAUGGGAAAGCAAAGUCUGUCGCUGGGAAGAGAUGAUAUAGUUCAGCUAAAAGAAGCCUACAAAUGGAUAACUCACCCCCUGUUUUCAGAGGAACUGGGUGUUCCCAUUGAUGGAAAGAGCUUGUUUGAAGUGAGUGUGGUCUUUGCUCACCCAGAGACAGUUGAAGAUUGCCACUUCCUACGCGCAAUAUGCCCAGAGUGUUUCAAGCCAGCCAAAAACAAACAGUCAGUAUUCACUAGAAUGGCAGUAAUGAAAGCUUUGAAUAAGAUAAAAGAAGAGGAUUUCCGCAAGCAGUUUCCUUGUCCUCCAAACUCACCAAAGGCUGUAUGCACUGUUCUUGAAAUUGAAUGUGCUCAUGGUGCUGUUUUUGUGGCUGGGAGAUAUAAUAAAUACUCCAGGAAUCUACCACAAACUCCUUGGAUAAUUGAUGGAGAAAGGAAGCUGGAAUCUUCUGUGGAAGAAUUAAUUUCAGACCAUCUUCUGACAGUGUUCAAAGCAGAGAGCUUUAAUUUUUCAUCCUCUGGAAGAGAAGAUGUUGAUGUGAGAACAUUAGGAAAUGGAAGGCCCUUUGCAAUUGAGCUGGUGAAUCCUCAUAGAAUACAUUUCACUUCACAAGAAAUUAAGGAACUUCAGCAGAGAAUUAAUAACUCAUCUAACAAAAUUCAAGUUCGUGACUUGCAGCUUGUCACAAGAGAAGCAAUAGGACACAUGAAAGAAGGUGAAGAAGAAAAGACCAAGACCUACAGUGCCUUAAUAUGGACAAAUAAAGCAAUACAGAGGAAGGACAUUGAAUUCCUAGAUGACAUAAAGGACUUAAAGAUCGACCAGAAGACACCUUUACGAGUCCUUCACCGGCGGCCGCUGGCUGUGAGAACCCGCCUCAUUCACUCCAUGGAGACACACUAUGUGGAUGAGCACCAUUUCCGUCUCUAUCUGAAGACUCAGGCUGGAACCUACAUUAAAGAGUUUGUACAUGGAGACUUUGGAAGAACCAAGCCGAACAUUGGCUCUCUGAUGGAUGUGACUGCAGACAUUCUAGAGCUGGAUGUUGAGUCUGUAGAUGUUGACUGGCCCCCUGCUCUGGAUGAUUGACUUCAAAUUUGGAAACAAGGAGUAGGGUUUUCUGGCACAGUGUGGACGUCCAUUCAGCAUAAACUUUUACAUGGCUGUUUACCCACCAUAACAGUGCCUUGGAAACCAUCUGGAUCAUGUUGAUCUAUAUAUUUUUUAAUUUGUUGUAACAUCUCAGGAUCUAUGUAUGUGUAUAUUUUGUGUUGAAUUGUUCUAAGAAUGUCAUACGAUUUUUCUCAUUCCCUCUCCAUUCCCCCACAAGCCAAACUAUGAAUACUGAAACCAUUUUCUAACUUUCAUUUAGAGAGGUACAAACAGAACACAUUCUCUAGUAAUCUUAGAACCUGUAAUUUCUGUCAGCAAAAUUUCCCUCCACAAGAGAGAUACCACUUUUAAAAUCAUGUUUUAAUUUUUUCAAUGAUCUUGAUAAAAAGUUACAUCUAGCUUUAAUGCAUCACAGUAUCCUUGUAAUAGUCUAAGAUAUCAAAUGCAAACCUGACAUCAUUAAUAUUUUUCCCAGUAAGCUUCAAGCAAGCUAUCACCAACAGAAGUACUUUGGGUGUAAUCUGUUACAAAUCUUAAUGACUCCAAGUUCCUGUUUUGAUAAUCUAAAAUUGUCAGUACAUUUCCUGGGGGAGAAAAAGUGAAACCUUAGGAAUUGAGGCAUACCAUGGUAAGAGACAUUCACAAAUCUUUUAACUAAGGAGACACAAGUGCCUUCAAUGACUUCAAUCCCAGGGAUAAGAUUUUGAAAAAUUUAGAUUGCUAAACAAAGGUAAGCUGAUAUUAUUCCAGAGUGCUUCAGAGUAUUAUCCAAUUUCAGACAUCCUCACCAGGUGGAUAUGAUAUUAUCAUCUCCACUUUAUAAAUGUGAAAACCAAAGAACAGAAGUUAACUGAUUUAUCUAAAAAUCGUUAGUUAAUUCCAUAUCUAGGACUAGGACUGAAGUUUCCCAGUCUCUAGGUCUUUUCUAAUAAACUUGAUUAUUGAGCACCUGCUGUAUGGAAGAGGCACCCAAGAAUGUCAUUUCAAUGCAUGUAACUAUGACAACUGACUUUUGGAAUUUAGAUAUCAAAUCAAGCUUACCAAAAAACAGCCCAAGUAAAUUUCAUAUGAUCGCAUAUGAUUACCAUCUGUUAAUAAGUUAAUCAUCAUUUGGCACUAUGAAGAGAAAAAACUUUAAGUAAGCAAAACCCAAAGAAAAUGGAUGAGUCAUUAAGAAGUUUCAGUAAGGAGCCUCAUUAAAAUUUCAGAUUUAUGUGCAAUUUCCAGCACCCUGAUUCAACUAUCUGAGCUUAUUUUAGAACACAUGUGACUUGGAUAGUUGUGAUUACUCACUUUCCUGUCUCUACAUUAAACAUGCUUCAUAAAUACUAAGUUGUAUUAUUCACCUUAUGAAUUAGGAAAAUGGGUUAACUGACAUGAAAUUUCAUAUGUGAAUAAUAGCAGAUAAUUUUUUCACUAUUUUCAAUCCAGAAAACGAGAAAGGGUUAAUAGAAAUAAACUUUUGAUAAGACGGUAAGAA